GCGCAUCAUCGGUGCUUUUGUCAAACUGCCACCUUUAGAGGAUUGAACUACAAGAAAUAUGAAAGUUUUGGUUACAGGUGCCUCCGGUCUCCUCGGUUCGGCGGUGUACAACGCCUUCAAGCAAGCCGGUCACGACGUCCUCGGGCUCGCGCACUCUCGCGCGACCGGCGACCUCAAGAAAGUCGACUUGACCGACAAAGGGCAGGUUGAGGCUGUCUUCCGCGAGUUCAAGCCCAAUUGGGUGAUUCAUUGUGCGGCGGAGAGGAGACCCGACGUGGCUGAGAAGAAUCCUGAAGGCGCGCAACAGUUAAACGUAGCCGUCUCCGAACACAUCGCCGUCCUCUCCCGAGAACUCAAGUUCACCCUGAUCUACAUAUCGACUGACUACGUCUUCGACGGCACCUCACCCCCCUACACCCCCUCCUCCGAGACUAACCCCGUCAACCUCUACGGCCGCACCAAGCGCGACGGCGAGAUCGCCGUGCUCGGCGUGCAGGGCGCGAAGGCCGUCGUCUUCCGCGUGCCCGUUCUGUACGGCCCGACGCCGAACAACGCCGACUCGGCGGUGAACAUCCUCGUCGACGUCGUGAAGGACCAGUCGGGGAAGACGUACAAGAUGGACCACUACGCGACGCGCUACCCGACAAAUGUGCUCGACAUCGCGGACUUCCUCGUCCGCCUCUCAGCCCUCAAGGGCAGCGCGCUCCCGCCCAUUUUGCACUACUCCGCGCCAGAGCCGUUCACGAAGUACGAGAUGUGCCUGAUAUUCGCGAAGAUCCUCGGGCUGCCGCACGAUCACGUCGUGCCCGACGCUGAGCCGCCCACGGGCGCGGCGGCGACCUCGCGCCCAAGGGACUGUCAGCUGUACACAAGGGAGACGGAGGACCUGGGCGUAGAGGGGGGGCUUGGGUGCUCUCUGUUCGAGGAGUGGUGGACCGAAUACCUCACAAAGAAUCAGUAGGAGCACAAAGACCAGAAGCAGUUUCGCGGGCGUGUACGAGUACGAUCUUGACAGACAAUUCACGGCGAAGCAAUAGAGCGAAGACAGAUUGAUACAAUCGCUUGAAUUGUCGUCUGUUUGUGACUCCUACAAUUGCACUCUAUGAAGUUAUACCCAACUCCAUUAUAUUCGUACAACAUCCUCCUUCUCCCUCUCCUCUCCUCAUUAUAAGCACAGAUCACGACGUCUUCUUCUCAGCCGAAACCCCAUGGCCCUCCGCCUGCGUCCGCUCCUUAUCGCCCUCCUUGAAGUAUGCUCCGCGCUGCUCCGAGUCGCUCACGGCAUUCACGCCCUCGCCUGAGCUCUGCUCGACGCUCGACACGCCCAUCGGACGGUUCUCGCCCGUGGCUUCGAGCGGGGGGGACUGCGUGCCGGUGACUCCUUUGACGCCAGACAUGAUGAAAUAUUUGGUUCGGUGUGAGGAAACUAUGGUAUGAUGGGUGUAGAAUGGAAAGGGAAGAGA